AAAGCCUGAAGGCAUUAGCUCGAGGAAGCGGCGAUUGUCAGUUCAAAAAGUUUCAGGAGUUGCAAUCUGAUGUGGGCGACUUUAAGAUCCCGAUAUCUGCACCCAUCUGCAACAUCGUUAUCUUCGUCCUCUCUCAAAAAUGGGUUGUGGAAGCUAGGGUUUUCAGGAUUAAAUCAGUCCUUUUCUUCAUCCACUGCGGAAAGAAUAAGCAAGGAGUUGCUGAGCCUGCAAGAGGUGGAGAAGGUUCUAAGCGACGUCAGAGCAGAUGACGUGUCGGUGGUUCCGGUCGGGAACCAAUGCGAUUGGGCCGAUUUCAUGGUGAUUGCCACCGGGAGGUCCCCGUGGCACGUCAAGAACAUCGCCCAAGCCCUAAUCUACAAGGUUAAGCAGAAGCAAAAAGGAGCUAAGAGGAUGGUAUUACCCAGUGUGCAAGGCCAAGAGACGGGAAAAUGGAUUGUCAUAGACUCUGGUAGAGUGAUAGUUCAUGCUCUGGACGAGAAGGCAAGAGUGUAUUACAAUUUGGAAAAUAUUUGGACUUCAAAGACAGCCCAGAAGGAGCCAAUUGAGGACUUGUCGAAAGCUUUUGUAAAGGUUCGUCGUAUUAAUAAUUCCAAAAAGCCAGCCCAGGGAAGGGAUCAAUAGAUUGAGUUCCUUUGUUUAAUGGGUUUAUGUCACUUGGAUUUUGCACUUCUAGUUUGUUAGUGCACGUUGA